UUUUUUUUUCGUAACUACAAUCCAAUUCUUCGCUUGCGCGAUGCCAGAAAACCUGUUUAACCGGUACUCUACAUUAAACGAGUGCAAAUACCGCGUGUUGUUUGUACUCGUCGAUAGCGUUAUUUGUACUCGUCUAAGUGUAGUUGGAUAAUAAAUACGAAUACAUACAACUAACAUACGGGUAACAUACGAGUACAUACGAGUAAAAAAAUACGAAUACGAGUAAAAUUCAUACGAGUAAAUUUUUAUGCAAAGUAACGACAACUUAAGUAAAAUAUAACAUGAGAGAGCAAAAGAUAAUUGAUAUUUAGUCGUCAUGCAUUACCUCCCCCGACUAAGGAAAGAUUGCGUUACAAGAGCAAAGAUCCUUGAUAUUAAACUGGUGGCCUGGGGUCAUGCCACUGUUAGUUACAUCUACAUCACGGUUCCUUUCUCAUCUGUGUCAUCUGUAAAUCAGUAUUACGCUCUUCAAUCUGUUCAGUGAUCAGUAAAGAUUGAACACGUGAAGACCAUCCACUACGCAACAGGCCAAUUUUUACGUACAUCGGAUUACCUGGCAUGACCCCAGGCCACCGGUUUAAUAUCAAAGAUCUGUGCUCUUGUAACGCAAUCUUUCCUCAGUCGGGGAAGUAAUGCGUGACGAGAAAAUAUCAAAUAUCUUUUGCUCUCUCAUGUCGUUACUUUGCUUAAAAAUUUACUCGCAUGAAUUUUACUCGUAUUUUUUUACCCAUAUGUAUUCGUAUAUAUUCGUAUGUACCCGUAUGUUACUCGUAUGCUAGUCGUAUGUUAGUCGUAUGUAUCCGUAUGUUCCGUAUGUUACUCGUAUGUUACCCGUAUGUACUCGUGUGGUGUUUUAGUCAUGAUCACUUGGAGUGUUCAACUGCCCUUUGCUUAAUUAUGUCGUGGUGUUUUCACAGACAAGUCUAUUUUAGUUUGAAUUAACCGCAAAAUGGGACUACUCACGGAAGCCCUUUGACCAAUCACGAUUAGCGUAUAGUUAAUUUAUAACUUGACUCCUCAUUUCAACGAAUGCACGUGAGCUCGAGUGACCUAUUUCUCGGGAAAAGGUAGUCUAAAAAUAAACCGUUCUUUGAAAAUGCCGUGACAUUGGAUCAGUAUGGGAGUUGAACGCUCCAAGUAAUGGGCUCCUGCUUCCGCAAAAACUCCCCGGCUUAGAGGGGAGCCAAUCAUUAGGGAAGGUAAAAAUAGCGAGCUCACGGUUUUCUUCUGUCGCGUGACGUAAGGAGGCGAAGGACACAGUCUCGACUUCCGCCCUACUUGGAUUUAUUGUAGCUGUUGUGAAUCCAGAUUGUGCUGUCGUCGAACUGGUUCACAAAGAGCAACUUGUUCAACGUUCAAAGCCUGUAACUCGUUACAGAUCUUUUGGAGGGCCACAUAUGGCAUGUGUUACAAAAUAUUCUACAGAACAGCUUAAUUACUACAGAAUUUGUUACAUUACCACCGAUGUUUUGGCAGAUGGUCUGCGAGCAGUGUUUAAGCAAGAAUGGGACAACCGCUAUAAAUCAACAAAGGGAGAAUGGAAGGAUCAACCUAAAAAUGGUUUGGACUUCUAUAAUGGGGAAUCCUCACGUAAUCAAAGAAGAAAUUCUCGUCUUUUGGCCACCAUGAUUCAUGGAAAUACAGCUGAAUGGGACUGCACAAUGCUUUUUUACGCCAUCCUCUUCUCCGACUGUAUCUACAGUCUGAGCACAGCUGUCCACUCAAAUGUACACGAUCUAAAACAUUUUCGAAACGAACAAUUUGCGCACAUGCCACGAGGUCAAAUCACAGACGUGGAAUUUCAGAAUGCCAUUAGUAAAGUGCAAACUGCUUUUCAAGCUCUUGGUCUCUCUACGUUGCAGAUUCAAGGCCUUAGAAAUCAGAAAAGUUUUCCUACUGACGAACUCAAAAAGGUGCUCACAAAAAUCGACGACCUUAAAAUGGAACUGAAAGAAAUAGAAGAACAGCGACAGAUCCUGGAAGAUCAGUUACAGAGCGAUAUCUCUUCGUUUUGUUCUCUCCCUCCAAAACCCUCGCAUGACCUUGCCAAUCGUGACCGUGAGGUUGUUCAAAUUACGCGAAAACUUAAAUGGCUGAAGAACACCAACGAAAGCAGGUUAACUUACUUGUACAUAUCAGGCAACCCUGGAAGUGGUAAAUCUCAGUUGGCUGGUCUUGUGGCCAGGCGAUAUUAUGAUGAAGCCCAAAAGGUUCCCGGACUUCCUUCAUUUGUUAUGACGGUAAAUGCUGAAAGCCCACCCUCACUUUUAGAGUCAUAUGUUUCUUUUGCUCGACAUCUUAAGUGCCCAGAAUACGCGAUAACAAAUAUUCUGUACUGCAGGGAUUUGAACACGGAGGAGAAGAUCGUCAACCUAAAAACACUGAUAACUCCAAAACUGGCGCUUUUUUCCUCUUCGCUUCUGGUAUUUGACAACGUGACAAGGAUGUCUCCUAUGCAUGCCCAUUUUCCCGGAAAUGAGUGUUGGGUAAGAGGACAGGUACUGAUCACAACGCAAGACACUGCAUCUAUCCCUUUCACAAGCUCUUUUAUCGAACAUGUUUCUAUAAGUGAAGGCUUGGAGCCUCGUGAUGCUUGUUCAUUAUUAGCCAACCUCUCUGGGUUCUCUGACGAUAAAAUGGAGAGAGCAGUUGCUCAAGCUCUGGACUAUCAGCCACUUGCCCUUGCAAGCGCUGCAACCUAUCUUAGGCAGGUGCGGCAGAACAAAACAACUGCAAAGUUUGGCUGGAACGAUUACCUCGAGAAACUGAACAAAGGCCAACGGCGUGUCACUGAGGCUAUUCUUGCUGAGACCAACCCUGGCUACCAAAAGUCCAUGACCACAGCAAUAUCGUUAGCCGUUGAAACGAUGACGGCAUCCGACAAAGUUCUUAAUCGUGUUUUCACUUUCCUCUCCCUUUGUGCAACGCAACCAGUGCAUCAGGACCUCGUGAUCGAUUACCUUCUGGCUGCAGACAACGAGAUGGAAGCACGUGAGGUGCUAAGUUUGAGAAUUCAAAGGUGCUCGUUACUUUUGUUAGACGAGGAAGAGAGUGGUGUUUAUAUUCGCGCACAUAAUGCUGUGCAUGAAGUCACUAAUGCUUUAAUGAAUGAGCUUCCAGAGGAAAAGAGUCUUGAAGCCGUGAGCGGAGCUCUAAGGUCAUUUAACAAAUUCAUAAACGACGGGUCACUUGUAAAUUCUGAUGACCCUGACUCUAUCGCUAGCAGCAACCAAGUUGUUCCCCAUUUGAAAUCCUUUAUUUUGAAAGUUGAAAAUUUGUUCUGUGCAGAGAAACUACCCAAAGUUCUCACCAAAGAGGACAUUUUCAAAGUUCAGGGUCUUCCAGGCAUGUUUGGAAACCUUGGGCAGGUGGCCCAAAAGCAUUUGGACUUUUGCACAGCGAAGAAGUACUUUCAUUUAGCAUUGGAAAUUACCAAGUGUGAUAAACGUUUUCGAGGUGUUGAUGCAGCAAUCGCCAAUUUUUACAUGGGUACCAUUCACCAGGACCUUGGUGAUUUUCAUCAGUCAAAAAAGUACUUUGAAUGUGAAUUAUCUAUUCGACUGAAAAAACAAGGACGCAGGCAUGUAGAUAUCGCAGCCACUUAUGGGAACUUGGGAAACAUCCACCUUGGCUUAGGAGAACUUGAGAUAGCGAAAAGCUAUUACGAUCGGGCGCUUGUCAUUAUUCACGAUAUGGGUGAACAUGAGCAUGUUCAUGUUGCGACUACCUACAAUAAUUUAGGAGACGUUCAUCGUGAAUUGGGUCAUCCAAAGCAGGCAAGGGAGUACUACAAUCAUGCACUGAGAAUUCGACUGAAACAACUCGGUCCGAAUCAUAUUCAUGUCGCAGCUACUUAUGGCAGCCUAGGAAGCAUAUCUCGACAGUUGGGAAAUCUGGAGCAAGCGAAAGAAUACUAUGAUCAUGCACUGGCUAUUCGAACGAUUAAGCUCGGACCUGAGCAUGUUGAUGUUGCAACUACAUACAAUAACCUUGGCAUUAUUCAUCUCUUGUCCGACUCCCUCGAGCAGGCUAGAGAUUAUUUUGAUCUUGCAUUAGCCAUUAAUCUGAAAAAACUUGGACCUGAGCAUGUCCACGUCGCAGCUACUUAUAAUAACCUCGGUAACGUUCAUGCUGAACUUGGUGAUCUGGAAAAAGCGCAGGAGUAUUAUGAUCUAGCACUGAUCAUCGGUCAGAAAUUGGUCGAUGAAGAUCAGUUGAAAGACGAAGGUCCUAAACGUCUAUUGCGUGAUCGUGGGAAUACUUGUACACUACUUUAAAUGCUUAAUUUUGACUCACGGCGUGGAUUUUGGGCUGCACCCUUGAGAAUACAAAUAUAUGUUGUUCAUCAGCCUAGGUCGAUCCGUAGCUGGGAAAAUCUUUGACCGCCUGAGGCCUAGGGUCUCGGACGGUACUCAAUGUAGAGGACACAGUUUUUCCCAAUACGGACCGACCUACAGUCAGCGUCAAAUUAAGUUGACACAUCAUGUUUGAAGAGUCCUAUUUUUGUGUAGAAUAUCACUCUUGUCUCUACCACUCUAUCACUCUAUCACUGACAAGACCCCUCAAUGUGUCAACAAUUCUGUCACUGAUUGUAGACUGGUGAAUAACAAAAAAAAUUUAACGAAAUGCCUUUCUAAAGAACCCGAAUGAUUUAGGGCUGUGAUUACGGCAAGAUCUCUAGAAACAGAAAAAUUUUUGAGCGAGUAAAUGGUGGUGAAAACAGAGACAAUGCAAAUGAGAGAGAGAAGCCUCACCAAACGUUAUUAUUUUCGUAAUAAUGAAGGUGAUUCAAAAAGCUUCCAAAGAAACUUUGAAACAUUUUUUUGAGAAUCUCUCGCAGUCUGACACCUGUCAAUCAGAAAGCGCGUAAGAAAAAAGUGCUUCUACACUCUUAAAAAAACAACAGUACUGGUUUGGCAAACAACUAAUAAGAUUUAGUAAGUUCAAUGACUGUCACAACGAUUUUUUCUUCAAAAACGGUCAGUGAUCCUACAGAGAGUAUUAUUCACUUCGAUCGACCAUUGAUCUACGAAGGUUUACCUCGGCUCAGUCAGUAAAUGGCACUGCAGAAAGGUAGUUUUGAGUAAGUUCAAUGACUUUUGAAUGUCAA